CGGGCCCGCAGGCCAGCGUCAAAAGCAACAAAUGCCACGUUAGAUCCCCGGUCAUUUCUUCUCAGGAAUCCCAGUGAUAAAUAUGAACCAUUUUGGGAGGAUGAGGAGAAAAAUGAAAGUGGGUUAACUGAAUACAGAUUAGUCUCCAUCAAUAAAAGCAGUCCUCUUCAAAAACCACUUCCUGCGUUCAUCUCAGAAGAUGCCUCCGGAUAUCUGACCAGCUCCUGGCUGACACUCUUUGUCCCAUCUGUGUACACCGGGGUGUUUGUAGUCAGCCUCCCGCUAAACAUCAUGGCCAUCGUUGUGUUCAUCCUGAAAAUGAAGGUCAAGAAGCCGGCGGUGGUGUACAUGCUGCACCUGGCCACGGCAGAUGUGCUCUUUGUGUCUGUGCUCCCCUUUAAGAUUAGCUAUUACUUAUCCGGCAGUGAUUGGCAGUUUGGGUCUGAAUUGUGUCGCUUUGUCACUGCAGCAUUUUACUGUAACAUGUACGCCUCUAUCUUGCUCAUGACAGUCAUAAGCAUUGACCGGUUUCUGGCUGUGGUGUAUCCCAUGCAGUCCCUCUCCUGGCGUACUCUGGGAAGGGCUUCCUUCACUUGUCUGGCCAUUUGGGCUUUGGCCAUUGCAGGGGUAGUGCCGCUGCUCCUCAAGGAGCAAACCAUCCAGGUGCCCGGGCUCAACAUCACCACCUGUCAUGAUGUGCUCAAUGAAACCUUGCUCGAAGGCUACUAUGCCUACUACUUCUCAGCCUUCUCUGCUGUCUUCUUUUUUGUGCCGCUGAUCAUUUCCACGGUCUGUUAUGUGUCUAUCAUUCGAUGUCUUAGCUCUUCCACCGUUGCCAACCGCAGCAAGAAGUCCCGGGCUUUGUUCCUGUCAGCUGCUGUUUUCUGCAUCUUCAUCAUUUGCUUCGGACCCACAAACAUCCUCCUGAUUGCGCAUUACUCAUUCCUUUCUCACACUUCCACCACAGAGGCUGCCUACUUUGCCUACCUCCUCUGUGUCUGUGUCAGCAGCAUAAGCUGCUGCAUCGACCCCCUCAUUUACUAUUAUGCUUCCUCUGAGUGCCAGAGGUACGUCUACAGUAUCUUAUGCUGCAAAGAAAGUUCUGAUCCCAGCAGUUAUAACAGCAGUGGGCAGUUGAUGGCAAGUAAAAUGGAUACCUGCUCUAGUAACCUGAAUAACAGCAUAUACAAAAAGCUGUUAACUUAGGAAAAGGGACUGCUGGGAGGUUAAAAAGAAAAGUUUAUGAAAGUGAAUAACUUGAGGAUUCUAUUAGUCCCCACCCAAACUGUAUUGACUUCACCUCCUAAAACAACAGAUGUACAACUUGCAUGCCUGCUUUUUAUGGGAGCCAUCAUGCAUGUAUUUUUGUCAGUUACCAGAAAGAUAACAGGACGAGAUGACUGUGUUAUUCCAAGGGAAUAUUGCCAAUGCUACAGUAAUAACUGAAUGUCACUUUUGGAUAUAGCUAGGUGACAUAUGCAUAUUUAUAUGUGUGUAUAUGUAGAUGUAUGCACACACGUAUAUUAUUUGCAGUGCAGCAUAGAAUAGGCACUUUAAAACACUCUUUUCCCCCCGACUCCAGCAAUUAUGGAAAUAAUCUCUGAUUCCCUGAUUUAAUAUGCAAAGUCUAGGUUGGUAGAGUUUAACCCUGAACAUUUGAUGGUGUUCAUCAACAGUGAGAGACUCCAUAGUUUGGGCUUGUACCACUUUUGCAAAUAAGUGUAUUUUGAAGUUGUUUGACAGCAAGGUUUAAGUUAUUAAGGGAUAAGACUUACUACUAUCUGUGUGUAGAAGUUCUAGUGUUUUCAGUUUUAAACAUAUCCAAGUUUGAAUUCCUAAAAUUAUGGAAACAGAUGAAAAGCCCCUAUUUUGAUAUGGGUAGUAUUUUUUACAUUUUACACACUGUAUACAGAAGCCAAAACUGAGCAUAAGUCCUCUAGUGAAUGUAGGCUGGCUUUCAGAGUAGCCUAUUCCUGAGAGCUGCAUGCGUCCGCCCCUGAUGGAGGACUCCAAGCAGCAGACACAUGCCAAGGCCAUGUUAGACACAGAUUGGCCAGAGACCUUCCUGCUGAACCUCACAGAAAGCAAUGAGACUGGGGCCACCGCAUUUGCUCCAUCCUCCUAGGAUUGGCUGCGAACUGAUCAUGUUUAUGAGAAACUGGCAAAGCAGAAUGUGAUAUCCUAGGAGGUAAUGACCAUGAAAGACUUCUCUACCCAUCUUAAAAACAACGAAAGAAGGCAUGGACUUCUGGAUGCCCAUCUGCUGGGUGUAAACACAUCCAGUAGUUGUUCUGAAAGGUUAGUUCGGAUUUGGAAGCACCCAUUAUGCACUGUGGGCACUCCAAUAGGUGCUGGGCACACCGAGUGGAAUAGGACCGAGACCUGCCCUCAAGAGCAAAGUAGAUGACGCAUAGGGUGUGACAUAUGCGUAAUAAAUAUGUUUCACACAAA